GAUGGUGAUGAUGAUGAUGAUGGUGAUAGUGAUGAUAAUGAUGGUGUUUAUAAUAAUAGUGUUGAUGAUUGA